AUGUUACUCUCCAAGGACGACACUCUGCACUAUACCUACGAUUCUGAGCGUGUCCAGAUCGAAGCGUGGGGUCCGAACGCCCUUCGGGUUCGUGCCACCAAGUUUCAUACACUUCCGUCGGAAAACUGGGCUUUGACGGUCACACCUCCCAAGACCGAUGUCUCCAUUUCGAUGCGUGACGGGCAUGCAUCCAUCAGCAAUGGCAAUAUUUGUGCCACGAUUUCUUCCCGUGGCAAGAUCAUCAUCAGGAAUGCUAAAGGCGACCGACUGCUGGAGGAGUACCAGCGCAACCGCUCCGAUGUUGAGGAUCCAAAGUGCAGCGCUCUGAUGAUCGAGGCACGGGAAUUCAAGCCAUUGCUUGGCGGCGACUACCAUCUGACCUACCGGUUGGAAUCUGUUGAUCGAAAUGAGAAGAUCUAUGGCAUGGGCCAGUACCAGCAACCAUUUCUCGACCUCAAGGGACUUGACCUCGAAAUGGCACAGCGCAAUUCUCAAGCCACGGUUCCUUUCAUGCUCUCAAACAUCGGAUACGGCAUGCUUUGGAACAACCCGGCCGUCGGCAGAGCUGUCUUGGGGAAGAACACGAUGAGCUUCGAGGCCUAUUCCACGAGGGUGCUGGAUUAUUGGAUUGUGGCUUGUGACACUCCCACCCAGAUUGUCGAAGCUUACGCAGAUGUCACCGGGAAAGUGCCAAUGAUGCCGGAAUACGGACUCGGUUUCUGGCAAUGCAAGUUACGAUAUCAGACCCAGGAAGAACUUUUGGAUGUUGCACGAGAGUACCGGAAACGCAAUUUGCCGCUUGAUGUCAUCGUGGUGGACUUCUUUCAUUGGCCAAAGCAAGGAGAAUGGAAGUUCGACCCCACAUAUUGGAAAGACCCCGGUGAGUCUGCCAUGCGAAGACUGUUGUCAACGUGGAAGGAGUCGGCGACAGCGUCUGUGCCUGAAUUCCACUUUUCCCCUCCUCCCUCAGCCAUCAAACUCCAAUUCGGCUCGUUCUCACCUCAAUCCGCCCCUGAAAAGGGCCCUACUAUCAAGGUGGAAGAAUACAGCUCUGACGAAACGUCGUGA